AUGGCCUCCGUCCCUCCCCCCGCUCCUCCCCCGCCUCCGGCGCUCCACGCCGGUGACCCGCGACCGCCGGCAGGUCCACAGUUCUUCGUCGAUCAGAAGAGGGGGGAGCUCUACGAGCUGCGACAGGUGUUGCGGAGCUUGCCGACUGAGCGGGACGUGGGAAAGCAGCGCGACGCUCUCAAAAAGUUGAUCGCCUACAUGACAGUUGGCCUGGAUGUCAGUCGCCUCUUUGCCGACGUGGUGAUGCUUGCCUCCACCGCGGAUCUCGUCCAGAAGAAAAUGAUUUAUCAGUACCUCACGAACUACGCAGACACCAAUCCCUCUCUUUCUCUCCUUGCGAUCAACACUUUCCAGAAAGACUGCAACGACGAAGAUCCGCGACUCCGAGGCCUUGCACUCCGGAGUCUCUGCUCUCUGAGGCUGAGCUGCAUGCUCGAGUACAUCGAGCCUGCCGCGCGGAAAGGCAUGGCCGACGCCAGCCCCUACGUGCGCCGCGCGGCCGUCAUGGGCAUGCUGAAAGUUUGCAAGUUGCUACAGGAGGUGAUGUCGACUGACGAGGAGAGCACGCGGCAGCGCAUCGACGACAUUCGUCAGCGACUCGACGAGGCUCUUUUCGACGAUGAUCCUCAGGUUGCAAUAAACGCCGUCUGCGCCUUGAACGAGGUCGAUGCAGAGACUGGUGGCUUGCAGGUGACGAAGAAAAUCGCAACUCACUUCUUGAACAGGAUCAAGCGAUUCUCCGAGUGGGGCGUUUGCGUCGUUUUGAACUUGGUCGCCUCCUACCAGCCAGAGACGGAGGAAGAGACGUUCGACAUCAUGAACAUCCUCGACGACAAACUUACGAGCUCGUCUGCAGCCGUCGUUCUGGGGUGUUCAAAUUGUUUCCUCGAAUUAACACGGGGAAACGACGAGUUGCGUAGACAAGUCUACCGCCGGCUAAAGCCGCCCCUGUUGACGCUGGCGACGACAGGCUAUCCCGAGAUCGCACAUACCAUUCUUCGCCACAUUCUCCUCAUCGUUCAAACAGGAGGCCCCGAUGCCGUUGAGGUCUUUGCAGGCGAAAGCCGGCAGCUUUUCUGUCGCUACACCGAUCCUUCCUACUUAAAGUCAACGAAGCUCCAAACGCUCACCGCUAUUGCCACCGAGCGAAACUGCGUGGACAUGAUUGCGGAACUGCGAGAGUAUGUGUGCGAUGCCGAUGCCGACAUCGCGCGACAAAGCCUUGCGGCUCUUGGAGUCAUCGCAUGCAAAAUUCCUUCAGCCGCUGACGACGUUGUAACUCUGCUGCUGUCCUUCGUGGAGAUGGAAGUUGCAGAUUUCCUCGCAUCCGCCGCGUUUGUCAUCCUUCGGGAUAUCCUCCGAAAGUACACAAAGAUGAUUUCUCGUCUCGUUGACGCCAUCCGCAUCCAUGCGUUGCGUCUUUCGGACGGCGAGGGCGUUGCCGCUGUCGUUUGGAUGAUUGGUGAAUUCGCCAAGGACAUCGACGACGCCGCGUACAUACUCGAAGAGAUUGUUGAUCGAUUCGAAGAAGAACCAACGAUUGUCCGACUCGAACUCCUCACGGCUGCGGCAAAGAGCUUCUUUCACUACCCCGGCGAAAUGCAGCCCAUACUCGGCAAGCUCCUCGAGAAGGAAACCCGCCGCAUCCUCUCGACGCCGCUUCCGCCUGCUGAUGAGCUCGAGUCCUCGGCCGAACGCGAGCUUGCAGACCGACUCCUUGAAGAGUUCAACUCCCUCGCCGUCGUCUACCGGCUGCCUAGCUCGGCCUUCCUCUCCGUGUCGCCGAUCCCCUUCGGCGGCAAAUUCUCGCCUUCGCGCAGAGACGCCUCCGCCUCUUCCACGAACCGUAGGACCUCGUCGCAGGCGUUGCUAGACGGAGGCAAAGCGGGCAUCGCAGGGAAAGAAAGAGAGAGAGCGGAGAGAGAGAGAGAAGAAAGAGAGAGAGAAGAGAGAGAGAGGGAAGAGAGAGAGGCGGAGUUGAUCGCGUUGAGGGAAGGAGAUUUUGGCGACAGGGGAGGAAGAGGUACGCGUCAGGGAAUGUCUUCACUUGAACGGAAAGCAGGAAGAAACGAAGUGGGAGACUUGCUGCUCGCCCUCGACACGGACGCUGGAGCUGACCCGACAGACAGAAAGAGAGAAGACUCUCCUCCCCUCGGUUCGCGCGACUCUCCGGUCUCGGGCUUUGCGGCCUCCGUCCCAGAUCGUCUCCGUCUCACUGCCUCCGUGACGCUUGAUUCCGCGAUGUUCCAACGCCUGUGGGAGGAGGCGGAUGAUGUGCAGACUCUGAACGCAACGCAUGCGACGCCCCAUUUUUCUUCCUUCCUCUCCGUUUCCGAGGAUUUCGAGGCUCUCGGAGAGGCGUUUGAGGCUGCCGCGACGCAAAAUAACAUCUUCACCAUGGCUUCCGGAGUGCUUGGCGACGUCCUGAAAAUGUUCUUUUACGGGAAAGAUGAAGACGGGAUUUUGUAUUUGUGUGAGAUGCAGCUGACGCUCACGCCGCUCGACGUGCCCGAGUUGAAUCUCACGGUGAAGGCUGCAACCGAGGAAGCCUCGGAUUCCUUUUUGAGUGGAGAUUGUGCUGUGCGACGCGAGCAGUUUGCCGCCGCACUGCGCGAAGCCCUCGACAGACACACCGAUUUCCGAGGGCGUAGUCAGGCUCAAAAUCUAAUGUAG